GAGCUGAACGGUUGUACGUCUCAGACCCGCGUUAAAUUUAUUUAAUUAAUGUUCUCACGAUAGACGAAAAUAAUAUAACUCGUCAAACUUUGUAUUUUAAAAUUUAUAAUAUCCAUAGUUUUGUGUUUUUUAUUUUUUUUGUGACUAUUUUAUUUUAGUUAAGACUCAAAAUUUAUGUCAAAUAAUUAAGUUGACAUGAAUUUUAUAUUGCAUUAAAUAUUUAAAAAUUUUAAGUUACGUGAAAGUUUAAAGUGAUUGUUUUUUAUUUUAUUUUCAUGCUGGAAUUACUGGUUUAUUUUGGAGUGUGAAAAAUAAUAUUACUGGUGAUGCGUGCGCAGUACAGGAACUCGUUAGAGAAGCCAAACAAAUGCCAUCGCUAAUUUUGCUAUGGUAGCGAUAAAACCGUACUAUCAGUAAGUUUAUUUAAGUGAUAUUUAGACAAACGAAAGUGUUAGUGCGCGAGUGAAAAUUAUAAUUUUGAGUAAAUAGAGAGUAAAUAUUGUAAUAAUUAUUUAUUGUGAAAGUUAGAUGAUCGAAUUUGUUGCGCUAAGCGUGAUUAAAGACGUACGUAGGUGCCAAAGUAUCGUACCCUGGCAAAGGGUACGGUAGAAAGCCGACGAGGACCAGCAUCAAGAUAAAGUCACCAGUCUUGCUGUCGCGGGAUGAGCAGGAUCGGGUGCUGGCGUUAGUGGUGGACACCGUUGUCAGUGCACCCGGGUCUCCCGGCCAAGAAGGGGGUCCUAAUCAAGGCCCCCCCGCGGGCCAGGCAGAUGCAGUGAAUGAGGAGCCACAAUCAAGGUUAAGUGGUGCUGCCAGUCCAAACCCAGUUUAUUUAGCUGAACUCGCGAAAACUCAUUGCAAACAUAUUGUAACACAACAUACUGAGAAGGUUCAUAAAUUAUCGAACACUCGAAGUAAUAAUUAUAGUACCCGUAUACCCGAAAGUGCCAGGUUAAAUCCUUUGGCUCGUACUCGUCCUUCCAACGAAGAGGAAGUGUUGGCUCGUAACCGGGCAGUUUGUCAAGUAAAUUGUGCAACUAGUGUCCAGUCAUUUGGUGUUUGUACUCGGGUCAUCAUUCCUCCUGAGAACAUAGUGCCGACAUCGAGUAAUAACAUUAGCAAUACUAACAACAACAACAAUAAUAAUAAUAGUAACAGCAACAACAAAAGCCACCGGAAAUUUAUUGAAAUUCUCGAGGGUUCCAAUCAGACUGUUAGAAACAUCAACGAGAAGCUUCUAACUAUUGCACAAGCCAUGGCACCAAGUUGGUCUAUGCGUCUCUUGGGCGUGAGUUGUGGUUCAGUGGUUUGUGCUUGGGGACUUCUGCUUGUUUUGUCUGUACUCGGUGGAGCUUCCCACAGUACCGGACUCAACGGCUAUGAUUUCGACAAUGCUGGUACUAUGGAGGACUUGAAUGGUGCCAGAUGUCCAUGGGCUUGCUCUUGUGAAGGACAGGACCUAGAUUGCUCAGAACGUGGUCUUACCCAGGUGCCUGGUGAUCUGGCAGUCCUCGCCGAAAAAUUAGACCUACAAGGGAAUAAUAUUUCUGUUGUCUUUAAGACUGACUUUGAAGAUAUGGCAGCUCUUCAUGUAUUACAAUUAUCAAACAACCAAAUUCAUACAAUUGAAAGAGGAGCUUUUAAGGAUUUAGUAGCAGUAGAAAAAUUACGUUUAAACAAUAAUCAAAUUCGAUAUCUACCAGACACUCUAUUCAGCAAUAUGAUGAAUUUACGAAGACUAGAUCUUAGUCACAAUCAAAUCGCAAUGAUUGGACCCAAAACUCUUCGUGGGGUAUCUGCUUUGAAACACUUAUUAAUUGACAAUAAUGUACUGACAUGCAUCGACGAAAGUGCGAUUAGAGAAUUGAAAGAUCUAGAAAUUUUAACUUUGAACAACAACAAAUUAACAACCCUUGGGAAGGAGAUGCUGUUUGGUCUUUCACGAUUGCGUACCUUGAAACUCACGGACAACUUUCUAGUUUGCGACUGUCACCUGGCCUGGCUGUCACGCCAUCUAAAGAGUAUUCCACGACUCGGACAGCAUACAAAAUGUGCCGCGCCGGCUCAUCUCAAGGGACAAAAUCUCGUCGAUUUGCAAGAGCACGAGUUCAAGUGCCCAGGCCUUGUAGAACUUCGUACUGGAUCCGAGUGUACGGCUGAACCUCAAUGUCCACAUCCGUGCAGAUGUGCCAAUGGAAUUGUCAAUUGUCGAGAGAGUUCUUUGGAAAAAGUACCAACUCAUCUCCCUGAGGAUACCACUGAAUUGCGACUUGAACAAAAUAGCAUUACGGAAAUCCCACCGAAGGCAUUCUCGCCUUACAGAAAAUUAUCGAGAAUCGACUUAAGUAAUAAUAAAAUAAAAAAAGUUGCUGCUGAUGCUUUUCAUGGAUUAAAAUCUCUUGAAUCUUUAGUAUUGUAUGGUAAUAAAAUAACUGAACUGCCCGGUGGUGUAUUUCAAGGACUAACUAGUUUGCAAUUACUUCUACUGAAUGCCAACGAUAUUUCCUGUAUACGUACUGAUCUAUUUCGUGACCUCACAAGUUUAACAUUGCUAUCACUCUACGAUAAUAACAUUAAAUCACUUGCCAAUGGAACUUUUGCCAAUCUGCGAAGCAUCAGAACACUACAUUUGGCGAAAAAUCCAUUUAUUUGCGAUUGCAAUCUUCGGUGGCUGAGUUUGUAUCUCCAUGAACAUCCAAUCGAAACAUCUGGAGCAAAAUGUGAAUCACCUAAACGAGCUGCAAAGCGGAAGAUUGACGUGAUGCGGGACGAAAAGUUCAAAUGUAAGGGUGACGAAAAGUUACUGACCAAGAGAGCAGGAGAGUGCAUUUUACCGGGAGCUUGUCCAUCACCUUGUACGUGCAACGGAGCAACUGUAAAUUGUGCUGAUAAAAAACUCACUUCAAUUCCACGAGAGUUACCAAUUUAUACAUCAACACUUCUAUUGGGAAAUAAUGAGAUUGAAAAAAUCAAAGCCGACAGUUUGUUUGAAAAACUUCCUGAAUUACAACACUUAGAUCUGAGAAGAAAUAAAAUUACACGAAUAGAAGCGUCUGCUUUUAAAGGAGCUCAUCAACUUACCGAACUACUCUUGUCUGACAAUAAACUAAGAGAAGUUCACGAUAAAAUGUUCACGGGACUGGUUAACUUGAAAACUUUAAACUUGAGUGGCAAUGCAAUUACUUGUGUAAUGCCGAGUUCAUUUGAGGGACUAGCUCACAUUCAUGAGAUCAACAUGCAAGGCAAUCCUUUAUCAUGCAAUUGUCAUCUCGCGUGGUUUGCCGAGUGGUUGAGAACUCGCGACAUACCAGGCGUCAUUGGACGAUGCCACGAUCCGCCGAGAUUGAAGGACGCCCACGUUAAAGACAUUCCACGUCACGAGUUCAAAUGCAACAGCGAUAGUGUUGGCUGUCUUGGUGACGAUUAUUGCCCACCGCGAUGUCACUGUGCAGGAUCAGUGGUAAGCUGCUCUAGAUCACAUCUGACGGAAAUACCCCGUGGCAUUCCACCAGAGACCACUGAACUGUAUCUUGACGUAAAUGACAUAAAAACGAUUCAACCCGAGAGACUUAGUCACUUGAGGAUGCUGACAAGAUUGGAUUUGAGUAACAACCAAAUUGUUAUGCUUGCCAAUGAUACGUUCAAAAAUUUAACCAAACUAUCACAUCUAAUAAUAAGCUACAAUAAACUCCAGUGUGUUCAAAAAGAUUCUCUAGCAGGACUCAAAUCUUUGAGAAUAAUUUCUCUUCAUGGAAAUGAAAUUUCAACAAUUCCCGAAGGAACAUUUGACGAUUUGAAAGCAAUAACUCAUGUAGCAUUGGGUUCGAAUCCAUUGUAUUGUGAUUGUCAUAUGCGCUGGUUAGCAGAAUGGGUUAAAAAAGAUUCCGACGUAGAACCCGGGAUUGCAAGAUGCAUGGAGCCUCUUGCAAUGAAAGAAAAACUUCUGCUAACAGCACCAGCAAGCGCCUUUGUUUGCAAAACCAAACAACAACCUGCCGAGGUCUUGGCCAAGUGCGAUGUGUGUUACACCUACCCAUGUCAAAAUGGGGGAUUAUGCGAGGCACUUCAGGACAGGGAAUUCCAUUGCAAGUGCACGCCAGGAUAUCACGGGGACCGGUGUCAACAUAAAAUUGACGCGUGCUAUGGAAAUCCUUGCCGGAACGCCGGAACUUGUAAAGUACUGGAAGAAGGAAGAUUCAGUUGCGACUGCGCCCCCGGUUACGAGGGACUCAGAUGUGAAAACAACGUCGACGACUGCACAAAUAACAAGUGCGCCAACAACUCAACCUGCGUGGACCUCGUUCAGGCCUACAGAUGCGACUGUACACCGGGAUUCAUGGGAGAAUACUGCCAGACGAAAAUCCCAUUUUGCACAAAAGGACACGACCCAUGUGAGAACGGAGGCCGCUGUGUUGACCACAGGACCCACUACAGUUGUGAAUGCCCAAUCGGCUUCAGUGGCCUUAACUGUUCCACGAAUUUGGAUGAUUGUGUCGAUCAUCUCUGCCAGAACGGUGCUACUUGCAUCGAUGGCAUAAAUAAUUACGAGUGUAAGUGCCCGGCGGAAUACACAGGAAGGUAUUGUGAAGCAGCGCCUUCGACAGCUUUACUUUAUCCACAAACAAGUCCGUGUGCUCAUCAUGAUUGUCAACACGGCGUUUGCUUCCAACCUUCUUCUGAUUCUGCAGCGGGUUAUCUUUGCCAGUGCCAUCCCGGUUACACUGGAAAACGAUGUGAGUACCUGACGAGCCUGAGCUUCGUGGACAACAGCUCGCUGGUCGAGCUAGAGCCGCUUCGCACGAAGCCCGAGGCUAAUGUGACCAUCGUCUUCACAACCACUCACGAAAAUGGGGUUUUACUCUACGACGGUAUAGAGCAAAGUGGUGAACAUAUUGCAGUUGAACUAUUUAACGGUCGUGUACGAGUUUCCUAUGACGUUGGAAACUAUCCAACCUCUACAAUGUACAGCUACGAAAUGGUCUCAGAUGGAAAGCCACAUAUGGCCGAGCUUAUUGCAAUAAAGAAGAAUUUUACUCUGAGAGUAGAUCGAGGACUUGCUAGAAGUAUUAUCAAUGAAGGCACCAGGGAAUAUCUCAAGCUCAAUACUCCAAUGUACGUUGGCGGUGUACCAUCCGAAGUUGCUAGUAACGCAUUCUCACAAUUUCAUCUCAGAAAUGUAACCAGUUUUCAAGGUUGCAUAUCAGGAAUGUGGAUAAAUCAUAAGUCAGUAGACUUUAAUAACGCUGCCAAGAUGCAUCGCGUGACUCCCGGAUGCGCUUCUGGUGAAGAAGAGGCCGAUGAAGCUGGUAAGGAUAUCGUUGAAGCAGCUGAAUCUAAUAACAGUGGUAACAUUGAAGACUCUAUGCAGCAUGAACAUGUUGUGCACGAUAAUUCAGAUAUCGUUGUAUCAGUACCAGGCGCAAGUAUUAUCGAUCCUUGUAUAAGUCACGAAUGCCAUAAAGGCUCACAAUGUGUACCAUCUCUAUUCGGAAAUGGUUACUCUUGUCGGUGUCAGACUGGCUGGCAAGGCCGAUAUUGCGAGAAAGCGCCAACGUGUCGUAAAGAACACACACGAGAGUAUUACAGCGAAAACGGUUGCCGCAGUAGGCGUCCAGUUAAAUUAGCUAAAUGCUGGGGCAGCUGUGGUAAUUCAUGUUGCCUACCACGAAAAACUAAACGUCGUAAGGUCCGCUUGAUUUGUACUGACGGGAAACGGUACACCAAAGACGUUGACUUAAUACGUAAGUGCACGUGCACACGUAAAUGCUACUAGACUGGAACAAAUCUAUUGCCAAUUCAUCACACCGUCAUAUAGGAUUUUUUAAAAAUAUAAACUUAAAAAUAAACCCCAUUAUUCCAUAUUUAAUAUUCAUCAUUAAAUUUAGGCAUUCGUUGUUUUUUUUUAAUUUUUUUGUACGUGCCUACUUAAUACUUAAAUAAAAACAAGUAAUUAAUUAUCAAACAGUGAGUGACGAGGUGCGGAUUAAAUUUGAUGGACACACACAGCCGGCUCAGUGUGAUAUGUAUUAUUAAGAAUAAUAUAAUAUUAUUAUUAUUAUUAUUAUUAUAAUAAUAAUAAUUAAUUCAUAGAUAUAAAUUAAACAUUAAUUGUUUAUUAAUUAUUCAUAUUAAAUAAGUAUUUGUAUAAGGACAUAUUUUUAGUAUUAAAAUUAUGUACAAGCACGUAUCGAUUUAUUUGCUGUUUGAUAAACAAAUUUAUCGUAUACGUGCUUGUAUUUAUAUAAAUAUACGAUGGGCUAUAAAAUAUUGAAAUAUAUGUAUUAUAUGAUUUGACGAAAUAAUCAAUUAAUCGCAUUUUAUAUUGCGAUUGAAUUUGUAAAUUAAACGACGCAUAGCAAUCGUAAAAAAUUAAAUUUUCAAUAUCCCAAAUACGCGUAAAAAUUGGGAUUCUGUUGAUACUUGGUACGUAAAUGGUCAAAAUAAUUAAUUCUUCUCGCUCUCCUGCCUUGGAAUUUAAAAAAACAUCAAGGUUUAAAAAUGUGUGAUGAAGCGAUAUAAUAAAAAAUAGUUACGAUUGUAAUCAAAUGGACAAUUAUAUAUAUGUAUAUAUAUAUACUCGUGUAAAAAAAAUUCGUUCCAAAAACAUUCAUGACAGUGAACUUCUAAAACUGAGACGAUUCUGAGCUUUUGACGUUUUUGGAAUUUUGAAAAAGUUAGAAAGUAAACAAUUUUCAACUGGUGUAGGUUUUUCCUGCGCUUUUUUUUAAUUUUUAGGGUUAACAAACAAAGGAAUUAAUUAAGAAUUAUAAAUAUUUACGACUCUUACUAGAAUUAUUCAGGUAUGAGGCAAAAAAAAGAAAUGGUUUGAAAAUAUUUUUAAACAUUUUUUGACUUUCAUUAAAACUUUUUAAGGUCAGUCUUUUUUCACUUUUUGAUUUCUUAAAAAAUAGUCCGAAAAGUGAGUGAUUGGAACUAAUUAUGGACUUUUUAUGAACUUUCAAAAUUCAAAUCAUUUUUGCUUAAAAAAUUUCAAAAAAAAACCCACCGCAAGAAAAGUCUACACUAGUUGAAAAUUUUUGACACUUGUAAUUAUUUUAAAAUUCCAAAAAUGUUCCACUCAAAGUUCAAAAUUGUCUUAAUUUUGGAAGUUGACUGUCAGGAACAUUUUUGAAACAUUUUUGGAACUAAUUUUAUUUACAUGCGUAUAUGUAUAAAUAGAGGAAUAAACAGAUACUAGUAAUGGAUAAUUUUAAAAAAUAUUUUUUCAAUUUGAGGAUAUUUAUCAUAAUUUAAAUUAUAAACAAACUUUUCUUUUUUUUAUAAAUACAGUGUACCUAAUUCACCAACACAUUAUCCACUGCCAAUAUUAAGUUUAUUUGUAUCCAUAAAUUUAUUGCUUUUACUAUUCACAAGUAUUUUUAUUUUUAUCUCAUAGCAUUCACUGUAAAUUGAUUUAAUAGAAAAAUAUUUUUGUAAGACCAUUUUAAAUGUUGAGAGCUUGGACGAAAAUUUAUUUAAACAUUUCGUAUUAAUUAUAAAAUAAUAUCAUUUUAGA